GAGACAGCUGCUCUACUCUCUCUCUUGUCUCAGUGGUAUUUAAUGAGAUUAGCUCUUCGUCUUGACCUGCGUCAGUGCAAGGAGGUCAAUCACAGGCUUAGCAUCUUGCUUAAGAGUCGCAUCACUUUAUUACUUUCUUUUUUUUUUCUAGUUUUCUGGCUGCUUUUUUGGGACACUUUUUUUUAGCAUCCAAGACAUGUUCACCCAUAAUUGCAACUUGUCAUAGGAGUAGAAUUUGGCUGUGCAUCAUGCAGCUUUGGGAGUUUGACUCAACCCUCAGUCAUUGAAUGAAGCAUCUUCCAGGGGAAGAAGACGAGCAGGGGCAGCCGGAGAAGUAGAGGGCAACUUGGACUAAAAUCUGGACAGAGUCUGAAACUGGACAAGUCAUCCUAAUGCCACUUAUAAAUAACAAAGUAGGCGAUGAUUGCACAGUUGGCACAGAUAAGGGUUUGGUUGAUGGAAAGGCUCUGGUGGAUUCUUUAAUAAAGGUUGUAGCAUGUUACCGCAUUUUGGCCACAUGUGUUGGUGGUUGCACAGACAGCUUGGAGCUGCGGGAUGAGUUGCGACAAACACGAGAAAAGGCCCAAAGUUUGGCGAUGGCCAUCCGUAGUCAUCUGACCUCACAUCUCCGAAACAAGAGCCUGCCUGAGGAGCAACGUAAGGAGAUGGAGAUCCUUUGGGUGGGCUUCUCCUCCAGCCUAGAGCUCCUCCAUGUUGACAUGUGCAAAGUUUUCAACAUGGGUGACAUCUUCUCUCUGUCCAAAAAGGAGACAUGGGUGCAAAAUGGCCUUCAAGGAGGAGGCAGUGAAGUAGCAGCCCGGGCGCUCAGUCUGCCAGAGCUGAACCAACCUCAGAGCACAUCCCUUCCUGCUGAGUUCGAGAGCCAUGAGCGCAGCACCAUGGAGAAGGAUAUCAGCCAACUUGACCAUAUGAUCGAUGACAUGGAGAUGAAAGUCAACGUCUUGCGCUGGAUGGUGGAGCCCAAUGGGCCACAGUAUGCAGACCCACUAAGCAGCACGGAUACCGCCUCCCUGCUCUCAGUUGAUCAGGAGCAACCUGGACCCCAGCCUCUAUACCAGCGCAGAAAAUUCUUUUUGCUCUUAUUGCUGGUUGCUGUUCUUUUGGUGGUAGCUACUUUAUCUGUUUGUAUUGUUUUUUUCUCAUGAGCAAAACCUUAAUAAACUCAACUUAUUGUUUCUGUUAAACCUCAGCAACGCUCAGUAAAACUGAUACAAAAUAUUUACUGCAAGUACAGUAGUUUUUUCUUAAUAACUUCCUUUAAAAAAAGGUUCACUUUUGUAGAAGCAACUAAAUGUGCUACUUAUGCAUAGGACAAUUUGUAGAAAUAUACACUGAAAUGCAUCUGGACACAAACAGUUUCCAUUAAUAGACACGAAUCCUCAGCUGCCAAACUGUCAUGGUGAACAUAAGUGACAAUAAAAUACAUGUCUGACAGUUAAAUUUGGUUUCAAAUAUAACUGUUGAAGUAUAACAAAGGUGUUUGAUUUUACAUACCCAAUAGUAUGAAGAUUGAGCUAAUAUUUCCCUUUGUUCUAUAUGGUACACCCACCUUUCCUAAAACGGUGUUGUCCCGUUUUGUAUCUUGUUGCCAUUGAGAAAACGUAUAGGCCCCUAUGCUUUGUAGAUGAUAUACUGUAACAAGCAGAAUGUUCACUUAAAAUGACUAACGCUUUUUUUGUAUAACUUUUAUAAAAUAUGAGCAAUAGAGAAUUGAAAUGUUAUAUCACAUCCUGCUGUUUUCCAUUCAUUCUUAUUGACUAAGAUGAUUAAACCUUAAUCACCAAAUAUAUAUAUAUAUAUUUUUGGUUUUGUUUUCCUUCUUAACAGGUCAAUAAGCCACUAUAAGAUCUGAUUAAGUAUGUGAGCCUUAUAGAUUCUGAGGUACUGUAGAUACUGUGGGUCAAAACUUAUCAUACCUUAUUAUUCACAAACAGAGCUUAUAAAUGUGAAAUGAUAAAAUAAACAUUUGAAAUGGUUGAUUUUCUUUGUGAAAACA